AUGAACUUCCAUUCAUACAUCAUGUUUACGAUUUCCAUUUUCGCCUGGAAAUCUUGCGCCGCCUCCUUGGCAACCAUUCAGCGGAGAGAAAGUGGCACGCGAUGCAAUGCAUAUGAUCCAUGUGUAAACUACUACACUACUGGAUCCGCUCAAUGCGCCUCGGGAUAUGAGCGGUCCGUCCUUGAAGCCAAGCAUUCUCCCUUGGGCUCAUACUGCGAGAGGCCAUGCACUGCCAAUGAACGGAAACAGUGUUCUGCCAAGAUGUGUAGUACUUCCGAGUGCAAGACCUACCCAGCAAACGGUGGUCUUUGUCGGACGGCUUUGCGAAGCUGUGGUGGCACAGCCAAGAUGGACGAAUCGAUUUGCAACUGGGACAAGAUGGCACAGCCUGUCAUAUACGAUCGUCAGAGUGGGCUAUGUUCUGUGGACAAGACAGUUCGGCAGCGAUCAGAGAGUUACACCACAACUGCUGAGAUACAGUAUCGCUUUCGGGCUGACAAUGCUCGAGGGGAUACAGUGGAUAUGCUGUUCACUUGUGCUGGUAUCGAGGAGAUGGAGAUUGACGCUUUCCGACGUUCAUCACCCGGUAAAGAUUGUCACAAGGUCGGAUAUUUGGCAUUCUUUUGCGAUGAAAGUUUGAAAGGCUCUGUUGAGGGGACUCGACAAUUUACGACGCAAUUCUGCCAACAAUUGGGUGGUAGCUAUACUUUUGGGCCAAUGCCCCAGAAGUGA